GGUUAUAUCAGCUGUUUUGUUUAUUUAUGUAAGAUAACUUAUUUAAAAUUGAUGGUGACGAGGCCAUCAAGCCGAAUUAUAUUACUCAUCGCUAAUCUUGUAUGAUUCAAACGCCGAAAGAGGGGGAUUACAUGACGUAUCCUUACAGUCUAUUUUAUCUAGACCGUGGUAUCCAAGCAAGGUUUCGAAGACCAUUAUUUUUAUUAAAUUGAGCGUGUUUGUUGGUCUAUUCGUCUUCUAAGUUCGAAGUCAUGGCAUCUAAGGAACUUUGCGAAGUUGUAAGCGGAAACUCUCGCUUCGCCAACAAGUUUUACAAUUUCAUCGCCGAAGAGGAAAAGGGCAAAAAUGUGUUCUUUUCUCCGAUCAGCGCCCAUACUGUGCUGGCCAUGGCUUACCAGGGAGCCGCUGGAAAAACGGCAGAGUCAUUUGCCAGCACUCUGCAUGUCUCAGACCAAGAUAGCGCUUCAACCGGCUACAGUGAUGUUAUGAAGUCCCUAAACAGCGUGGAAGACGUCAUGUUGCACAUUGCGAAUAAGAUCUACGUUAUGGAUGGGUUCCCUUUAAAGGAAAAAUUCCACAAACGCGCAAAGGAUCAUUUCCUGUCUGAAGCGGAAUCAGUCAACUUCGCCCAAAGCGCGGAAUCCGCAAAGAAAAUUAACGGCUGGGUCGAGGAUAAGACUAACUCUAAAAUUAAGGAUUUAAUUAAGCCUAGUGUCUUGGACCAGUUGACACGUCUCGUGCUCGUCAACGCCAUCUACUUUAAGGGUAACUGGGCUCAUCCGUUUCGAAAGGAGGCGACGAUCAAGGAAAAGUUCUACAUUUCCGAAACGGAAUCUGUCGAUUGCGAUAUGAUGCACAUUACUAAGCAUUUCAAUUACCGCGACGACGAGAAAUUGGAUGCGCAAGUCUUGGAAAUGAAGUACAGCAACAAGGAUGUCAGUAUGGUCUUUAUUUUACCCCAUAAGAGGACCGGCAUUGAAGAGUUGGAAAAGAAAUUGGUUGAUGUUGAUCUGUCGAACAUUACUGAUGGAAUGCGGAGCAUGGAGGUGGAAGUUUCUUUGCCCAAGUUUAAGAUCGAGACGGAGAUGGAUUUGAAGUCUGUUUUAACCAAGAUGGGUCUUGGUGUAAUUUUCGAACCUGGCAAGGCAGACUUUUCGGAAGUCUCCGAGAGCGAUGAGCCGCUAUAUGUGAGCAAGGUUAUACAAAAAGCGUUUAUCGAAGUAAAUGAGGAAGGAGCGGAGGCAGCGGCAGCUACAGCAAUGAUGAUGGCUUGCUUUUCUAUGCCAAUAAUUUAUCCAUUGCGAGCUGAUCAUCCCUUCCUUAUAGUAUUAAAGGCUAAGAGGAAUGGCGUGGAUACUAUUUUGUUUUAUGGAAGGAUUGCAAAUCCUGCUCUGUAGACUAUUGCAGCACAUAGAAUUUUGUAAUAAAUAUUAAACUGAUGGUUUGGAAAAAGGAUUCUGAUUUUCAUGUACUUGCAUCUUAGUUUGCAUUUCUGCACGUUUGCUACACAGUCAUUGAGAGGUUGAAGAUAAUAUAAUUAUAAUUUAAAUUUUUUAAGUAACCUCAUUUUGAAAAUGUUAAUUUACCUAUUCAAUUCGAAGAAGAGGCCUGCACAUUAGGAUUUGUUGUAUGCCAAAAUAGUCAAUAGGCUUAUAUCUAUAAACGGGGAAUUUUAAGAGAAGUUAAAUUCGUAAAUCUCUAUUAAAAAGCAGUUUACGGCUAUUUUUGCGUAUAGAAUUUAAAAAGUGGGAGACAUAUUGGGGACAGAAGAAAAGCAGCCGGAUGUGACUUGAGCUGAAAGUGGUUGUUUGGAUUUUUGGGACAUUCACAAUCCGAAAGCAAA